AUGCAUGCCAAGAGAUGUCAAGAGGAGCAGCUGGUGGUUGUGCGCUGCAAGAGCGAAGAGACUCAGGAAGCAUGCGCUGCCCGGGAGGCGCUGCGUUGUGCCGAGGUCCAGGCACAGCUCUUUGCGCAGGCUGAGAUGGCAGAAUCUCGGCGAGAGGUGUCUCAGCUUCGGGCCGAACUCGCCACAUGCCGGGCUUCAUCCGAGACUCUACGCUCUCCAAGCCGCUGGCGUAACAGCCACGAGGAUUCGCUUGCCCAUGCACUGCUUCAUGCCACGGUGGGAGCAACCACGGUGCGAGCUGUGACGAAUGGCUACCACGGGGCUGACUCCAUCUCCAGCUGGGAGGUGCGGCACAGCAGAGACGGCCGAGAGCAGCUGUCGACCCUGCUGCAAAGCAGCUCCAUUGCUGUGGCCUCCUUGUUGAAGCAGGUGAGGAGGCUUGAUGAUGCGCACCGGACCCUGGCGGGCGAAGGAGGUGACACCAGGGCCACUCCUGCACAGCUUCGAGCGGUGCGGGCUCUGGAGAAGCAGACCACAAUGUUGGAGAGAACCAACAAAGAGUGGACGACCUCGCUUGAAGGCACGAGCGAGGAUGUGGGAGUUCUCAUCAACGGCGAGUACGCCAGGCAUGGAAAAAACGGGCAUCAAAGUCAUGAUGUGGAGGACGAGGUCCCGACAUCACCAGCCGCGCGAGGGCAAGUAAUGGUGUCUGUGCUUCGACGGACAGAAGGACGGUUGGAGAGGCUCCACGAGCGCCUUCUACGUCUUCUGCCUGCAUCCGAGGACAACUUCAGGCAGGGGUCUUUGUCUCAGACGACAGGCUGGUAG